CAAGUGCAGCAGCAAUGCAAUUUAAUGCAUCAAAUUGCAUUUUAAACUUUUGAAAACGCGCCCCAAAAACGUCAACGAACUAUCUCGGCAUUAAGUAACAGCAAGAGCGAGUGAGACAGCGCAACCGAGAAAGAGAGACACAUUCAAUUUGCAUAGUAAGCGGUAAAAUAAAAAAUUCAACAGCUUUUCAAUCAACAUGUCGCACGAACCGCAAGAGAAGCAAAUCAUCUCAGCCGACAUGGACACCUCCAAAGUGGAGGUCAUUGUCUACACCAAGUCCGAUAAGACGCUCAAGCAGAACAUGAAUGCCAAGGACGAGGCGUUGCGGAAACGCACCUCACUCAUCAUUGUGCCACAGCAGGUGGACAUCAGCACAGAUAAUGACAACAGCAACAUCAGCAGCAACUCAGUCCACGAUCAGACGCAUGCCAAAGCCGAGCAGCCGGAUGCAGAGGCAAAUACCAACGAGCUGGAUCUGGCCGAGGUCACACACUUGCAUGGCAAUCGCAAUUCGAUUGCCAGCAUGGACAGCUGUGUGUCCACAACGACCAGCCAGAGCAAUCAGUCUAGCUUGGGCAGCUCCACCAACACCAACACCACAACCAGCACCAGCAGCAGCAGCAGCUCGGAGGACGCACAUGCUGCCUAUCAGGAUCUGCGCAAUGGCAAUGCACACCCUGGUGAUGGCGAGGGCGACGGUGAGUGCGAGGAUGAGGAGCUGGCUGCCAUGCACUCGUCCACAUGCACCUCCCCCUCCUCCGUGUCGUCCAACUCCUGCUCCAGUUCGGUUGAUUACUCGCUGCGCGAACAGUUAAAAAAUUAUGCAAAUCGCUCCGCCGAUGAACAAUUGAAGUGUGUCGAUAACUUGCCCACUGUGGCCCAAUUGCUCAAGGGCAUGAGUCUGCCCAUGGACCAGACCACAGCUGCUCCUGUUGCUGUUGCUGGUGUGGGACUAAUGCACUGUGAUGCGCUGCUGAGUCCCCAAGAGGCGCCGCUGGGCCGACGCUAUGCUGAGGUGGCACAAUUCAAAGCGCAUGGCAAGGCGAGAACAACUGAGCUGAGCAGCGCAACAGCGACAUCCAAUGUUGCAGCAGCAACUGCUGGUGUGGCCGCAGUGGAUGCAGCAACACUUGCCAAGAACAACAGCAAUCACAAUACACAGCAACAACUACUGAAAUCUCAGCCAAAUGCAGCGAGCCAAAUCAACAAUAUCCACAACAAGAACAAUAACAACAACAGCAGCAACAGACGCUCAACAAACGGCAAUGAAAUUGUCCACAAUGUCGCUCCCAAUUCAAAUCUAGCUGCAGGCAAGGGUAACAGCAACAGCAGUAAUAAUAAUAAUAAUAACAACAACAAGAAUAUUGCGAUGACUGGCGGCCACACAGACGCCUUGGCCUCGACUCAAACAAGUGGGCAUAGCCGGAGCAGCAGCAUGGAUGCGGAUAUCGAGGAUGGCGAUGGCGAUGUGGUGGAUGCGCAUGGCGGUGCCUUUGAGGAUGACAUGCUGGCGCUGUUGCCGAAGUGCGGGGCGAGCCACUCCAGAGAUGAGCUCAGUCAGUCACGCACAUCUCUCGUCUCCAGCUCGGAGGGUGGCAUACUGGCCGAGGGCGAAACAUCCAGCGAGGAGAGCUCACGCGACUCCAGCGAUAAUUCACCGCCUUGCGACCUGGGACUGGUCGAGCGUCUGAUACUCACGCAUCCCAUGUGGUUUCUGCCGGGCAUCCAACGGUCCGGCGCCGUUCACUUGCUCCAGGGCAAGGAGGAGGGGACGUUCAUAGUGCGCGGCUCCAGUCAGCCCAACACCAUGGCAGUCUCGGUGCGCUUGCCUCCGGACACGGGUCCAUAUAUCGAACACUAUCUGAUACAAUCGCUGGAGAAUGUGAUGAGUCUAGAGAGCUCACGCUUCAAAUUCUCUUCCAUUCCGGCACUGAUAGCCCACUACGCCCAGUGCUGCGAUGAGUUGCCCGUACAGUUGAUGCUGCCCCGAGUGCUGCGUGAGGCGAACAAUCGUAAAAAGUUGUCUUCCCUGGCACUGCUCGGCCAGGAGUUCUGGAGCUAUGCAAGCAGCCCGGCAGUCGUGGGUCCACCCAUUUUAGGUGCAACGCAGAAAACCUCCGCCACGGACCAGCUGUUGGAUGCCAAGUCCCCGCUCUCGCUCACAGAGACCAGCGGACUAGGCACGGCAACUUUCUUCAGCGAUGCACCCAAGCCAUCUAACAAUAACAACAACAAUGUGGUUAGCUCGGCCGCACCAGCAGUAGCCAGCACGCUGUUCAGUCCCACGGGCAGUAGCCAGCUUAUUGGAAUGUUUAGCCAGGCAGGCACGCCCUCGGACACCAACUCAAGCAUGAGCUCGUUCACGACCAGCGGCGGCCAGCACAUGCCGCUGAUGAGUCCCAAUUCGGUGGACUCGGUCAUACUGACCAUGUCGCCGGUGGUUGAGACGCCCAUGGGCACGUCGACUCCGCGUCCAGGCUUCCUGCCCUGCAACGGUCCCCCUGCGGAGCAACUGCCCAGCUCAGUCAUCAACAAUCUUAGCACAUUCAAGGGCAAUGGCAAUACAAUCAGCGCACCAAACAGCGGACCCGGCAAGCUGGUCAACAGCCUGGCCGAGCUCAACCAUGGCGCUAUGAUCGGUGAGGUGCGGCCCCAACGACCGAAGCCCCCGAACACAUUGAAUCUCAAGCCGCCAGCACCGCCCUUGCGUUGGUCUAAGCCGCAGUCGCCAGACCAGCAGCUGACUGCUAGCAACAACUUUACGGUGACCACCACAGUCACCUUCUCUAUGGAUGGCAAUGCGAACAAUGGCGGUACGCAAGCCAGUGCUGCGGCGAACACAACAAAUCCGGCACAGAUUGUUGAGGUGACGACUCCUGCAUCCACAAAUCCUUUCAAUUCGGUGCUCAAUGGGAAUCCGAGCACUUUCCAGACCUUUUCGAAGCGACUGUCGCCGGAAGGUGAAUGCAAGGACACACUGUCCUCGCAGGGCUCAUCAAACGAAAGUCGCUGGCAGUCGCAGUCCAGUCGCGAUUCAAAUAAUAGCCAACGCAAAAUACUUUCUCCAAUAACGCCGAGCGGCGCCCAAGGAUUAGCGAGCCAUGGCGGCAGCAGCGGCAAGUCACGGAAGUCUCGCGCACGCUUGGAGUCUUCCACGCACUACAAGAAGUCAGAUAUUCUGGAGAGCCCGCAGAUGUAUUGCGGCAGUGCCCUGAUCGACAAGACCAGCGACUAUGAGGAUGUCUGGUCGCCCAGUGACCAAACCCGUCUACUGACCAGUUUCAAGCCGGCGCCAGACACACUGGGUCGAGUGCACAAUCGCAGGCCCGAUCUGCUGGCCGAAACACCCAGCACACCGACUCCUACAACCAAUAUACUAUCACCAUGCGACGAUACGAUCGUCCAUGAUGGCAGCCAGCAGCUGUUGCAGUUCUCCGGCGAUGCGCCGCCACGUUGCCGCACCGGCCUUCUCUUGCCUGCUCCACCCAAUGCUGCUGCUGGUGCUGCAGCCGCCGCCGCCAUGACCCAAUCAUUAACAGAGCCAUCCUGCCAAGCAAUGGAGAGCGGCGGUGAUGGCGACACCACGCCCACGGCCGGCCAAACGCCUGGCUCGCGCAGCAAGCAGGGCAGUCCCUUCUACGCAGAGCCCGCCGAUGCGCUUCGCCAGGCCGCACAAGGCAAUGCGGUGGUCGCUGCCAUGGCGGCAAACAUUUUACGUCAACAGCAACGCAAUCAGCAGCUGCCCGCCAAUCAGCGGCACUCGGAGCCACUGAAGGGCGGCCUGCCUUCCGUGCCGCUUCUUCUGCCCGGCGAUUUCGAGAAAAUGGCCGGCAGUCUUGAUGAGCUGAAACAGAAGCAGAAACCGCUGGCGCAGGCGCCGACGACGCAGCAACAGCAGCCGGCAAAGCGCAUUCAAAAUCAAAUCGAACACUGGCAGCUGGACAGUAGCUGGGAGUUUAUGGCAAAGCAGGACGAUGCAACGACACGCAGUGGCGCCAACUAUGGCGACUAUGACUCGACGGCUGACUGGCAAGAGGCGCAGGCACGCGGCCAGACCGGGCCCGAGAAGGAGAACUCCCUAGGUCGCGACAAGGAUGCAAACAAGAAGCGACCAUUGACCGUGCACCAAAUUAUUGCCAAUCGAUUGCCGGAUCUGAAUUUGCCGGAGCUAGUUCGCUGUUCCACGCCACAACAGCUCCUAGCACAGCUGCCAGCGCCUUUGCAGCCCCUGCUGCAAAGCAAUCGGAGCGUUUCGGCCGCCCUAUCAUCGGGGGGUGGUGCCAGUGCGAGUGAGACCAAUGGCAGCCAGAAGUCAUUCCAGAGCCAGAACGGCUGCCGGCUGUCCUCGUACGAUAAUGUGGAACGCACCUGUGCCACCUCGUGGCAGAACUAUUGCGGAGAUAUUGAUUCGGCACAGUCAGACGAUGGCACCAUAUUUUCAGAGCCGUGGGAGUCGUCGCAGUGGGACUCAAACAUUCAGCAUGAUGAGAUGACACUCACCUCGGACACCAUACACCUAUCCAAGUGUCCACCCGCAGUCUCCGAGGACGACACAAUCGUUGAGGAACUCAACAGCACCAAAGAUGGCAGCCACAGUGGCAGCAGCUGCAACCAGGACACGCUCAAGGCGAACAAAAAUGGCGCCAGCAAUAACAAAGUGUGUCGACCAAAGGUGGCCACCAUAUUGCGUAACCCCAGCAUGCGAGAUCGAGAAAUAUUAUGCCACCCCCGUAAUAAGAUCAAUGUGCACAGCGCCGGUCCUGGUGAUACGCUGCGCGCCUACACGCUCCAGCUGGCUCGGGAUCCGAGCUCAACGUUCGCCCGCAACAUCGAGAACUUCAUCUGUUGCACGAAGGAAUCGCGCGAGGCAGCCCCCCAGGUAAUCAUGCGGAACAUGCGCCAGUUCAUGAGCGGCAUGAAGAACUAUCUAGUGAAGCAUGGCGAGGGGAAGUUCCAUGCCGAGAUGCAAGCGGCACGAACGCGCCUCAAGGCCGACGAGUUCCUCAAUCUGGACGCCAUACUUGAGACUGUGAUGCACCAGCUGGUGGUGUUGCCGCUACGGGAGCAUCUCUACGGCAUUUUCGUCGACUAUUACAAGCGCUCCGAGGACAUCCAACUGCUCGCCCAGAAUGUCAAAUACGCCUGCGAACGGGAUCCGGUCGAUUUUGGAAUACGGCCGACUGUGACGCCGCCAUCGCAGUCGGCGUUGCGCAUCAUCGCCAACCUCCUGUGGCGUCUGCAAGAGGCCGAAUUGCCGCUGGACAAGCUCGAGCUCUUCCUCUGCGUCAUCUCGACGGUGUUCGAUGCCACCGGAUGUCCGCGUGGCCAGCAGCUGGGCGCCGACGAUUUUCUGCCCGUGCUCGUCUAUGUGGUGGCCAAGUGCGGUUUUGUUGGCGCCGAAAUCGAGGCCGAAUUCAUGUGGGGUCUCCUGCAGCCCACGCUGCUCAAUGGCGAGCCAGGAUAUUAUCUGACCGCGCUCUGCAGCGCCGUUCAAGUGCUCAAGACGUUCAUGUCCUCCGAAAACGAAAGCGGCAGCGGCUCGCUGGAUUGGCGCGCCCCCUGUCUGCCGGCCUGCUCCAGCGUCCUGCGCGUCAUUAUACCGAAUGAGUGCAAUGGCUCGCUACAGACCCGAACACUGCCCGUACGCCCGCACACGACAACGCGCGAGGUGUGCCGCAUUAUUGCGCACAAGGCGCGCAUCACCAAUCCGCAGGACUAUGCGCUCUUCAAGCUCGUCGACGGCGAGGAGACGCUCCUCACCGAUGCCGAAUGCCCCCAGGAUGUCCGUCUGGCGGCCAAAGGCAAGCAUUGCAUGCUCGCCUACAAGCGCAUUGAUGCGAAAAUUGCUUGGCCCACGGCUACGCAGCCCAGCAAUUAAGGCCCCUAUCCCCAAUUCCCACUCCCCAGUCCCCAGUCCCCCUACUACCCGCAAACUGCUCACUAACUGGCAUAUUUGAUUAAUAAUUUAUUAUUAUUACAUUAAAAUAUACUUAGUAGCUUGUAAGUAAAGCUAAUACAUAAAUAAUACAUACAUACAUAUAUAUACAUCUAAUGUGUACUAAAACGAAACAGUAUUGAGUUAAGCACGCGGUUUUUUUUUUUCUAAUUACAAUAUGGUUAUACUUUUUUUGUCUAAUAAAUAUACACAAAAGAACAUUUUUAAUACAUACUUA